UUCAAAAUACAGUUAAAUUAUACGUAUCUUUUGUUUACUCAAAUUUGUGACACUCCAAAAACAAUGUUGAAUUGAGCUACAAAAACAUAUAAAUGGUUACGUUGUUGUCUUGUUCUUCUCUUUCACCAUUCUUUCAUAUUCCAAAUUUUUUGAUCAAACCAAGGAAGACACAACUACUAUGUAAUGUUCCUCCAUUUCAUCAAACUAAACUUCAAUCCACUUCUUUGUAUCUUCCUUCUUCUAUGAAUAGAAAAAACCUUCACAAAUGCUUCUCACAACAAGAACAAUCUCAAUCUAUCCAAGAAGAACAAGAUGAUGAACAAGAACAAGAACUACAACAUUCAUUUCAAUUUGAGCGUUUGUUUUCAAACCUUAAUCAAGUCACUUUUAAGAGAGAACCUGGAAGCUUAUCUAGUGCAAUUUUCCUAGUUGCAGGCACUACGGUAGGUGCAGGGAUACUUGCAAUUCCUGCAGUGACACAAGAAUCAGGCUUUUUAGCAUCCACAGUUACUUGCAUCCUUUGUUGGGCAUUCAUGGUUGUGACAGGUUUGCUCGUUGCAGAAGUAAAUGUCAACACCAUGUGUGAUCUCGGUUCUGGCGGUGUAUCAUUGGUAUCAAUGGCCAGAAGAACUUUAGGGACAGUAGGAGUUCAAAUUUCAUGUUGGUCAUACAUCUUCAUCCAUUACGCCCUUCUGAUUGCCUAUAUAGCUCGUUCUUCAGAUAUCUUGACAAAUUUUCUUGGCAUUCCCAUAUGGGAAAGUGCAACUUUGUUUUCAUUGAUUUUUGGAGGCAUAUGCUACUUUGGAAGCCAGCGCUUUAUUGGUGCAAUUAACGGGGUUCUAGUAGUUGGAAUCAUAGGCUUUUUUGCAGCUCUUGUGACCGUUGCAAGUGGAAACCUGCAUUUGGAUGCUCUUUUAAAAGCCAACUUCCAAGCAGCUCCAAUGAGUAUACCGAUUAUCGCACUCUCAUUUGUUUACCAGAAUGUGGUACCUGUUCUUUGUACAAAUCUCGAAGGAGACUUGUUAAAAGUAAGGAGUGCAAUAAUACUAGGCACUGGUAUACCACUUAUUCUGUUCCUAGUUUGGAAUGGUGUUAUCCUAGGAACAGUUGGUGACAAUCCAAUGGGAUUAGAUCCAUUACAACAGUUGAGAUCUUCAAAUGGAACAAUUGGACCUAUAGUUGAGGUUUUCUCACUGCUUGCAAUUGCUACAUCUUACAUUGGAUUUGUUUUGGGUUUGACAGACUUCCUUGCAGACUUGUUAAAUCUCCCAACAGGCCAAAACAGGCCUCUUCCAUACAUACUGACUUUAGUUCCACCACUUAUACUCUCAUUAUUGGACCCUGAAAUAUUUUUUAAAGCCUUGGACUUUGCUGGAACAUAUGGAGUGCUGCUGCUUUUCGGAGUUAUUCCAGCUGCAAUGUCUUGGUCAGAUAGGAACUCAAAUUCAACUUCAUCUGUGAAACUACCUGAAAUAGUUCCAGGAGGGAGGAUAACCCUACUAAUGGUUCUUGGUUGUUCAGGAUAUGUUAUUCUUUCUGAAUUAUUUGAGAACCUGCAGCACCUUUGAAAAAGUAUUCAUCAUUUUACAUGGAUAUUUUCUUUCACCUUUUUGUUUGUUUCUGUUUGUAAUUAUUAUUAUAGCAUAUUUAUAGUCUUACAGUGUAAAGUUAUUUAAGGGGGCAUUUUGGAGAAAAAGGUCAUGUACAUAUAAAUAAUAUUCCAAAUUGCUUAUGCUGACCUUCAAACUUUGUUACUUAAAUAUUGGAUAAAAUUUCAACUCAAA